UUGAGAUACAGAGGUUUGUUUCUUGUGUAGACAUUACAGAAAUGCUUAGAUUUGUGUGUCUGUUUGUCAUUCUUCUGGUUUGUAUGUCUUGCAAGCAGUAGAUGCUUCACUUCCUGAAUAGUGCACUGCAUCAUGAAAUUGGAGGUCCCAGAAAGUUUUGAAGAUGUUGCUGUUGAAUUUUCAAGGGAGGAGUGGGAGAUGCUGAGUGAAAAGGAGAAGAAGCUACACCAGGAAGUGAUGGUGCAGAACUUCGAUCACAUGAUAGAUGUCGGGUAUAACAUCCCAGUGAACCACCUUUGGUCAAUUAUUUUGAAAGAUAAGAUGUUUCCAUCUGAUAAUGGUGACAGAGGAAUGACUUUACAGCAAAAUCAGCUUCCUGGUAACAGAAUUAGCAUCAACAGGGAUGCAGAUUUCUCUGAGAUUCAGACUCUUCAGUCGUCCCAUGAGAAACCCCAGGAUGCUGAAUUUAACAAAUCUUUCUUUGAUAAGAUGUCAAUCACAAGGGAAAAUGCAGUGCAUUCUGAAACCAGACAUAACUGUAAGGAAGGAGAUGAUGGAUUUAUAAAAAAAAUAAACAAACUAGAAACGCAUCUACAAACUCUCAUAGAAGUGGCAUGUAGUCAGCUUAAUCACAACAACAGUGUCACAUGCAAUAUUAAUGAUUUAACUGAUCAAUUAAAUCACAGUGGGAAAAGACAAAAUAAUGCAAUGGCAUUACAUGAGCAGAUAUGCAAUGAACAAAAGCUUUACAAAUGUGUCACAUGCAACAAGGGUUUUACAGACAGAAAGACUAUAAGAGUGCAUAUGAUAAGUCAUACUGGUCAGAAGCCCUACAAAUGUACCAUGUGUGACAAGAGGUUUACACAGAGGAGUAUUAUGGUAUUUCAUCAAAGGCUCCACAGUGUGUGUGACAAGAGGUUUGCAUGGAAAAGGACUAUGGUACUUCAGCAGCAUAUCCACACAGGGCAGAAACCCUACAAAUGCGCCAUUUGUGACAAGAGUUUUGUAAAGAAUAGUCAGAUGGUAAGUCACCAGAGUACCCACACAGGUCAGAAAAACUACAAAUGUGCCACAUGUGGUAAGAGUUUUAGGGACAAGAGUAAUAUGCAUAGGCAUCAGAAUACACAUACGGGGCAGAAACCCUAUAAGUGCACCAUGUGUGAAAAGACUUUUACACGAAAGGGUAGCAUGAUAAAACACCAACAUAUACACACUGGAGAGAAACCCUACAAAUGCACCAUGUGUGACAAGAGUUUUGUACAGAAGAGUCAGCUGGUAAGUCAUCAGAGUACCCACACAGGACAGAAAAACUACAAAUGUGCCACAUGUGGUAAGAGUUUUGGGCACAAGAGUAAUAUGCAUAGGCAUCAGAGUACACACACUGGGCAGAAACCCUAUAAGUGUGCCAUGUGUGAAAAGACUUUUACACUGAAGGGUAACAUGGUAAAACACCAACAUAUACACACUGGAGAGAAACCCUAUAAAUGCACCACAUGUGAAAAGAGUUUUGCACAGAAGAAUCAGAUGGUAAGCCAUCAGAGUUCUCACACUGGACAGAAAAACUACAAAUGUGUCACAUGUGGUAAGAGUUUUAGUCAGAAAGGUAAUAUGUAUAGGCAUCAAAAUACCCACACGGGACAGAAAAACUACAAAUGUGCCACAUGUGGUAAGGGUUUUAGGUACAAGAGUAAUAUGUAUAGGCAUCAAAAUACACACAAGGGGCAGAAAAAAAUGCCCAAUCCUGGUAGGCGCACUAGUGCCGGGACUGGAAAAAAUGACAAUGUAGAAUCCUCAAAAUAUGGAAACAUUCCUCCAAUGGGGCCAGGCAAGGCUCAGAGGGAGGAUGCCCCCCUUGUUGUAGAAGAAGUAGCAGUCCACAAAAUUGACAAAAAUUGAUUGGCUAAAGAAGAGAUAAAAAU